AUGAGACAGCAGAGGUGAGCACCCCAGUUUUCACACAUUAAAGGUGCUGAGGGCCACUAAAGCACUAAGCCAAAGAUUGCGGAGGUGGAAACCAUCACACACGCAGUAUGUUCAAGACCAGCUACCGGCAUGAGGUGCGCAAGCAGAAGUACGAACACACUGAUGUCUUCGAGGAGCCCAGCAGCCCAGAGACGGAAUCGACUCCGGCCAGCAGGCCCUCGACAGCAACCGUCCAGGGCUGGGAAAGCCUACAGGAGCUGAACAGCCGCUUUGCGCGUUACAUCAACCGGGCGCGCGUGCUGGAGCAGCGCAACGCUGUGUUCCGCAAACAGCUGGAGACUCUUCAGCGCAUGGAGGAGGCGCCAGGGCUGGAGGAGGCCUUCAGCGAGCAGAUCAGCGUCAACAGACAGCGCAUCAGGGAACUGCUGUCGGACCGAGCUAAGCUGGAGAGGGAGCUCAAAGACGCCGAACGCAUGCUGGAUGAGUACAACAGGAGAUAUAGAAAUGAAUGUGAAUAUCAAGAAAAACCUCAACAAACUACAAAACAAACCAAUAAGGAAGCCGACACAGUUCUAUUGAAAAACCUUGAGUACCAAAUCCAGCUGCAGUUCCUGCAAGAUGACGUCAACGCCACCAAAGAGAGGCACAAAAAGAACCUUGCUGAAAUCCAGACGUAUCUAAACAUCCUGCACCAGAUCAACCAGACUAUUCCCCUCAUGGCGAGCGCGUCCGUCUCAGAGGAUCAGGAGAGGCUGAUGGCUCAGAGGCGCGUUCCAGCGCUGCGCAGUCAGCUGGAGGAGUACAAGAGCGCCAUCUGCCAGCUCCAGGCGCAGAAACAGCGGCUGCACACAGAGACCUCUGUGUUGGAACAAACCAUCAAGACCACACAAGAGAGCUACGAUGAGGAGAUCCAGCAGUACAAUGAAAAAAUCGAGACCCUCAGGAAGGAGAUGGAGGAGGCUGAGAGGUCACUGGAGAAGUACACUGAUAAGUGUCGACAGCUGGCCAUGUACCAGACCUCUCUGGACAACGAGCUUGAGCGCUACAAGAGAAUCAUCGAGAAUGAAGACAACAGAUUGAACUAAGCAAUAAUUGGGACACCCAUUACUCUGCUCACAACCAAUUAUAAAUACAGCCAUAGUCCUAGCAUGACCAGGAAAGGAAAAGAUAUCACCCAAGUCAUCCAAGAUAUCACCAGUGUAAAACCUCGUCAGAAGUACUUGGUUAAGAAAGUGUCUAAAAAGAAAGAGAUCACAUCCAAAGGAGCAAGUGGACUUGAGGAGAAGCCAGCAGAAGCAUUUGAAGAGGAAGUGAAAGAACAGUUGAUGGAGGAGCAGGGGGUGGGAAGUCAAGAGCAUGUUCCUCGUGAGGAUGUGCCUGAUGGCGCCCAGAUCAGCAAAGCCUUUGACACGCUCUGUAACAUUAUACGUGACCGCAUGAGGCGGGUAAGGAGACCAGAACCAAUCGCUGACUUCUUCACCAAGGGACGCUAUGUACUAGUGACAGGUGAGUCUAGCUACCUUGACCCCUGCUUCUUUUCGACUACCCCUUCUGCCAGUCACGUCUAUGUCACAAUCCAAGAUGGCAUAAUGCCUUAUGAUCCAUACUGGAGAGGUACACCCUCACCCGUCCCAAGCCCCAUAUCUGGACCAACACCCAUAACCCCUUCUACACCUUCAGAACCAGAAACAGGAAAAGAUGAUGGAUAUAGGAAGGAGGGUGGAAAUGGGGAGAGGGAAAAGGCCAAAAAUGGAUGGCCUCAUCCAAAGGUGAAAGAACCAGAACCGAGCCCCAGUCCACCACCAGACCCUCAUGAUGACAAAGGCCCCAGACCUCCUCCAGGCCCCAGGCAGCCCUCACCCCAACGUGGCGGCAAAAGCAAGACCUCGGAUGAUCCCAGCAGCUUUGGAGGCCCUCCACCCAUGCCAUCGCCCAGUUCCAUCCCCCCCGACUCCAUGACUUAUGAGAAGGUUGAAGUAGUGGAGUCAGUGGAGAAGCUCACACCUGACAAAAGAGUUAAGGGCUAUGAAGAGACAACCACGGUGGUGGAGACCAUGAUCGAGAGGACCAGCAGAAAAAGAAACACACCGAUAGAUCUUCUUGAAACCACUCAAACAUUCCACAUGUUCUAUCCAUUCCUGCCUCGGACCUGCUCCAGUUUUACCUCCUGCCUGCUGCUGACAAGAUUCCUAGUGCUGCGCUGUUAA